AAGGGUCGUGGCUUUGUAAUAAUUAUUUUAUACGCUUGGCACUCUGAUCCGCUGUACUGUGUACCUGUUUCAGUAGCUACCUACUAACUGCAUUGCAAGUGAAGAACAGAAGAAGCGAUCAUGAUAGUUGAGGACCUCACUGGACAGCCUCUGAGAUGCUCUAGCAAAGAGGCCUUGGAUCACUUCAACCAGGGUCUAACAGAGUAUGUACUGGCCAGAGAGGAUUGUGCUCAACAUUUCAAGAAGGCCCUGAAAUUGGACCCCACUCUUGUCAUACCUCACUCUAUGAUGGUGAUCUUCUGUCUGUCUGGAAUGCAAUCUCCUACUGACUCUGUAGUGUCCCCUCACUUGGAGGUGGUGAAGAGAGCAGCAGCAGCUGACCACCAUCACCAGGGGGAGGAGGAUCUGACAGAGAGGGAGAGGGGAUACGUACGAGCAGCCCUGGCCUACGCCUCAGGCAGUCUGGACAAUGCCACUAAAGAGCUCUGUAACAUGCUCUUUGAAUACCCUAGAGAUGCCCUAGCCCUUCGUGUUGUGGUGGACUCUUACAUUGGCCUGGGAGAGUAUGAAAAGAUGAGAGAUUUGGUCGCUAGAGUUCUGCCAUUUUGGACGGAAGACAUGCCCCUGUAUCACGGUGUGCUGGCAUGCUAUGGGUUUGCCCUGGAGGAGUGCAGAGAGAGGGGGAAAGCAGAAGAGGUGGCCAGGAAAGCUCUGGCAAUGGACAGAAGAACUCCAUUCGCAACUCAUGCUAUGGCUCAUAUUUUUGAAGAGGCUCAUGAUCCAACUAAAGGGGUGGAGUUUCUCACGGCCACCAGAGCUGAUUGGACGGGUGUAUUCCAGGGUCACAUCAACUGGCAUCUACUACUAUACUAUCUUGAUCUUGGAGACAUUUCUAAAUUGCUGGAGGAGUUUGACACUCACUUGAAGCCAAAGGCGAAUAAAGACAACCUGUUUGGACUGCUUGAUGCCUCGUCAUUGCUAUGGCGACUAGAGGUGAUGGGCAUAGAGGUGGGAGAGGAGAGGUGGGAGGUGGUGACACAGGGAAUGACUCCACACAUACACAAUCAUCGCUCCCCUUGGUUUGAUACUCACAUAAUGUUCAGUUUGGCCCGAGGUAAAGUGUGUGAGUCCACAGCCAGACUAGCCCUGGCAGAGGGCAUGAUGAAGUCUAUGCACAAGUAUGCUGUUGAUGAUGCAGAAGAUUUGCCCAAUCAAAAGUUGGCAGAGAAGCUUGGUGUUCCAGUGUGCAAUGCCUUGCUGGCUUUUGGACAAGAGAAAUACGAUGAGGUACUACAGAUCAUGGUGCCACUGCGCUACGAGUUCCUCAGUUUUGGUGGCAGCUGGGCUCAGAGACAAGUGUUCAAUGUCACCAUGAUCCAAGCAGCCAUUAAAGCCAACAACUUGUCAGUGGCUCUCGGACUAGCCGCAGAAAUGAUGGCACAGAAACCAAGCAAUCCAAGAUACCCUAAACUAUUUCAAGAGCUUAAGAGCCUCCAAACACAGCAAAAAUCUAUCGAAUCUCCUGCCUCAAAGAAAAGAAAGAUAUAGAAAACGUUUUAUUAUCAAUCUGAUUUUAGCAAAACUGUGUUUAUAGUAAUUUAUAUGGCAUCUUGAGUAUGCAACAA